UCGCACAGUUUCCUGAGUCGUCGUUCGCGCCUGUCUCGUUUUGUUUUCAUACCUUUUCAUAAGAAAAGGGUUUAACUUAUCUUUUUGACGAACUGCGACAUCAAUGAGCGAAUGAGAGUUUUAUUUGAUUAUCGUUUGGGAUCGUUAUUAAUUGGAAUAAAAUGACGAUUUUUAUAAUUGCAGUGACUUACCAAUAUUUCUUGAACUGAGAUUUUUAUUUUUAUGUGAAUUUUUAAGCCCCGAUAAACUAUUUUCAGAGAUUUGACUGCACAUUAUUAGUGGGACUCAAUAAUAAAAAACUAAUAUUUUUUCUGCGAUUAGUGUGAAAUUAUUUGACGUUCCAGCAUGCCUGGAGUUUUAAGGCAUUCAGAGCUUAAAAGAUCUCUUCGUAAAAAAGUGGGGCGAAAUACUGGAACUCACUCUUGGCAUUUGUCAUUUGUAUUACUGUGCUGUUCAUUUAUUGCUUGGAGUGGAAAUAUAACAGCAGCAUCUGAUAAUGUUUCUCUUACAACAGAAGAUAUCGCAUACGAUUCCGAUUUGUUUGGAAGAACAGAGCGCAGUUUCGGUGGAUCUGUCGUUGAGCCCCCACAGAGGCCUAAUUCCUACUGGGAUGACCCACACUUUCGUCCUUACUUUGAUAACUCAACCGACAGAAAUGUCACCUUCCAACUUUCAAAGCCAUCAUACCUUCACUGUCGAAUUAGACAACUAGGUGAUCGAGUUGUAUCUUGGGUGAGACAGAGGGACCUACAUAUAUUAACUGUUGGAAAGUAUACUUAUACUACUGACCAAAGAUAUACUUCUAUUCAUAUGGAUGAUACCGAUGAUUGGACAUUGGAAAUCAAAUAUACGCAAAAGCUGGAUGCUGGUAUAUACGAGUGCCAAGUUAGUACUGAACCAAAAAUGAGUUUACCCAUACAGCUAAAUGUCGUCAGUAAGUAGUAUUAAAUAUUUUUUUAUUAAAUAUCAUAGCA